GGACGUUAGACUUGCAGGCCGCGGACAAGAAGACGAAGAACGCGGUCGAUCUGCUGCUUGGAAUCGCACGAAGACUUGCGAUUUUCCGUGGGUUUUGAUGGAACAUCGAAAUCACUUGAUUUUCUAGCCUCCAUUGCAAGUUGCAACUAUAAAGGGGAGUAGAACUCACCUUCAAAAAGAGGACCCCCAUUUUCGGACGAGAUAAUUAAUCCUUAGAAGCUAUCGCACAAUCAAAAGCUUCUUAACAUUCUGUACUCGAUACUAAAUUUAUUCCAUCUCUCUCUGGUCUAGAGCUCACUGUCGGCAGCCUUUGGAGCAGCAGCAACUAAAGCAGACUGGCGUGACUGGUUCUGGUCGGAGCAGUAGGGCAGAAGCCGGGAAAAUUAAAAGCCUCAGCUGGGUUUGAUUCCUAUUUCUUGGUUAUUUAUGUUUAUUUACAUAUUCUGAAAACAGGAAAGUUGACAUGAGUAGUGAUAUUGGAGUAUCUGUGGGUGAUUCAUACACAAAUGAGGCAAAGGCUGGCGGAUCGGAUGCCAGUCGAAUAGCAGAAGUGAAAACUUGGCUUGCCUCCCAAUUUGAUGCUUUAGGCAAAGAUGUACCUGAAUUUGAAUAUACGCCCCGGAGUGUUGCACAUUUGCAUUACCUUGCUACUGUCUCUCAGUCAAAAACGCAAGCUGCAAGAAUUGUUGCAACUGAUUUUCGCCAAAAAGCUGCUGAAUACCGUUCACAAGCUGCAAGGAUUAGGGAGAUAUUGGAUAGUGUGGGAUUGGCACAGGAUAGCCUUCCAUCAAAUGUGGUUUCAUCUUCACAAGUUCUUGCAAAUGUUGCAAAUUUGUUGAAUAUUAGAGAUACAGAACUAAGCAGUUUUCUUGUAGCAAUGGGGGAUAUUUCUUUGAGGAAAACAGUUGUAGAGGAGAAGAGGGCUGAAGUUCAAAAGGAGUUCAAAGUUCUUCUUGAUUAUACACGUAAAGCACUAUCAAGGUUGACUUUUUUGAAAAGGACACUUGCACAACUUGAGGAUGAUGUAGCUCCAUGUGAGGCUCAAAUGGAAAAUUGGCAGACAAACUUAGCAAUAAUGAUUUCGAAAGAGCGACAGUACCUGCAGCAGUAUUCCAAUUAUAAGGCAAUACUAAACCGAGUUGGGUACAGCCCGGAAAUUAGCCAUGGAGUGUUAGUAGAAAUUGCAGAGCACAAAAAGGAGUUGGAGAAGAAAACAAAGCCAAUUCUUGAUACAUUGAGAAGCUAUCAAGAUUUGCCUCCUGACAAAGCUCUGGCUGCGCUUGCGAUUGAGGACAAGAAAAGACAGUACGCUGCUGCAGACAAGUACCUCGAAGAUCUAUUGUCAUCCACUCUUGCCACAUAGUGAGAUUCUUUUUCUUGAAUGUUUAUUUUUUACUUUUUAUAAUAUCUUGAAAAUAGUUGUGUUUCUAAAAAAUAUACAAGUUUGUAUGUUGUGCAUGUUGGAUGGAAUCUAGAUUGUUUUCUUUGCAUGUCAGACUAUCUCUUACAUGGUUGGAGUGAAACAUCUUUGUUUGGCUACUCAAGGUGACUAAGGAUUUUAUUAUCGAUUAGUUAGAUGUGGUUUAUUAGU